GCUUAUGUUUUACUACAUUUCAUUCUUGCGGCCCCCUCCCACUCAAGCCGCCUUGUCUGGCGAACCCAUCCUCAUCACCCCUCAAAUCGCCAACGAUCUGCGGACAGAAUACUACACAGAUGCCCAAGAUAUAUUCUAUUCGUGGUCCUUGCAUUCGCCCAAACCAAGCUCGUCAGUAAUAACAAAGCCUGUCAAGCUGACGAGCUGGAGGGCAUCUACGAUGUACAAGGAGAUACCCGUCCCGCCCCCUCGGAAUGCCCGUAAUGGAGAGUACUGGCGCCUCAUCCUUAGCUCUGGAACAUCACGAAAAGAUCAGGUGCUUUCCCUAAAUGAUGAAAAUCUGGGGCACCAGCCGUUCCCUGUCCUCUCCGAUCCGAUCCUUUUCUCCACUCGCCCAAGCAAGGCUAUAAAGCAGGAGCGGAUUCAGAGAUCAUAUGCUUUACCUGCGACUAAUACAGACCACCUUACGAUAUUUGACAUCAUCGAGCAAACUUCUUUUGACCUCGACAAGAAAAUAUGGGACAGUGGUAUUGGCCUUAGUUCUUGGUUAGUACAACUUCACUCCGGGAUAGCUGCCAACACCGCCCUGGUUUCAAGGGUGAAGAACGUACUCUUCGCCUCCAAGUGUGAUAUUCUCGAGCUAGGUGCAGGGACGGGCAUAGUGGCCAUCGUUCUGGGCAUUUUACGAGGCUUGCUCGAUUCACCCGGGAAAUCAGGACAGAUCAUAACCACCGAUUUGCCAUCUGCUUUGCCGCUAUUGCAGAGCAAUAUUACUUCAAGUCAACCCCUCUACCACCCUGGCAAUGCACUAGAAGGUGCUGUCCUCGACUGGGAUAAACCUGAGAUCCCCACCCAGGUGGAAUCGUUCGUUAGUGGCAUCGAUGUGAUCGUGAUGGCGGAUGUCACAUAUAACACUGCGUCGUUUCCUGCACUCAUCGGAACGCUCUCCCGGCUCAUCAGGUUUUCGAUGAGUGUCGCACCAGCGAAACCUCCACUCAUCGUCCUUGGACACAAAGAGCGAGAUGCUGCAGAACGUACUCUUUGGGACGUGGCGGAGAAAAUUGGCAUACAUUUUGAGGAGGUUGCGAAAGUUCCUGGAGCGGAGGGAUCACCUGUUGAGGUUUGGGUGGGAACAGUGUCAGUAGCAGAUACACAGUGAAGCUACGAUAUUGAGCCGCACAAUCAGGAGCGAAUUAGAAUGACAUGCGAACUGCGAAGUGUUGACGAGUUGAGGUACGAAACACUGUCCUGCGAACAAGUACAAAUGGUUAUGAUUAACAGAGCAAGUGUAGUACAAGAAAUGCGAGGUAUGUAGUACUGAGAUGGUGUGUUGGUAUACUUCGGUUUCGGACAUCAGAUCUGUCAAAGUGGUGGAAGUGGCCUUCGACAGUGGGGACAAAUAUUCUUAAUAGCAAGCCACUAGUCGAUGGAAGAGUUAGCAUCUAGAAUCCGGCAGCGAACACUAAACAUACCUUUUCCAGGCAUUCCGUAUGCUGCUCGACACGAUGAGCGAGCCGUUUGCAUAUAAACGAUAUCAGAAACUCACAAAUAGAUGCUGACAAGGUGCC